AGAGAGAAACAAAUACAUCAUACAUAUAUAAAUAACCUAAGCUAGUACAAUGACAAUGAUAAUGAGACUACAUUAGCUUUCGCCUAGGGAUUGGCCUGCCCUUGUUUUUAUUAUUAGGGCUUUUUUCAUUUUUUAUCAUAAUUUAUGCUUUUUUAAAACUCCUUUGCUUCUUAUUUAACCCUCCUCCUUCUUCCUUUUUCUCACUUCUUCUUUCUUUCUCCUCAUUCUUUUCCCUACCCAUCCCAUCCUUACCUCGGGAUCUGAUCCCGCGUCCUCUCCUCCUCUCUCUUCAUCACCAAUAGAGCUCAAGAUUCAGUACUUUCCUCUCUCUACUUCGAUUCAAUUCCCGAGGAAGAGAAAGCCAAAAAGAUCAUUUCAUAUUCUUACUUACUCCCUCCGUUUCUAAAUAAGUGUCAUUUUUCAGUUACUACAUCGUGUGAUUGAUCGUUUCCCAAUCGAACAAAGUUUGAUUCUUCUUCUCAAGCACAUACAGUACAGUGGAGUGCAAAAGCUGAUCAUAUCAAAAGGUCCUUGCCCUAGCUGGAUAAAAUGAAUACGUUGUCGCACGUUCCGCCGGGCUUUAGAUUCCAUCCAACUGAUGAAGAACUUGUGGAUUACUACCUCCGUGAGAAAGUUGCUGCAAGAAAGAUGUGUGAUAUUAUUAAAGAUGUUGAUCUUUACAAAAUUGAACCUUGGGAUCUUCAAGAAUUAUGCAAGAUAAGUAAUGAAGAGCAGCAUGAAUGGUACUUCUUCAGCCAUAAAGACAAGAAAUAUCCAACAGGAACCAGGACUAAUCGAGCUACCAAAGCCGGAUUCUGGAAAGCAACCGGAAGGGACAAAGCUAUUUACUCUAAGCAUAAUUUGAUUGGCAUGAGAAAGACUUUGGUUUUCUAUAAAGGUCGAGCUCCCAAUGGACAGAAGUCUGAUUGGAUCAUGCAUGAAUACCGUCUUGAAACUAAUGAAAAUGGAACUCCUCAGGAGGAAGGAUGGGUAGUAUGCAGGGUGUUCAAGAAGAGAAUGGCAACCGUUCGAAAGCUAGAUGACUCGCCGUGUUGGUACGACGAUCAACUCUCAUUUAUGCCAGAUAUGGACUCUCCUAGAAGGAUUCCUCAGCAUCCCAAUAAUUAUCAUACACCUAACUUCCACCAACGCCACCACAACAUGUACCCUUGCAAACAAGAGCUUGAAAUAGCACCCUACAAUAUUUCUCACCAUGACCCUUUUCUUCAAUUACCUCAAUUAGAAAGCCCUAAAAUGCCCCAACCUAGUAUGCAAACUUGUAACUCAAUGCCACCCUAUGGAACAAGCACGAAUCUAUCAUCAUCGUUGCUCGUUCAAGACCAAAUGAUCCAUUCACAACAAUUUGAUUCGAUGUAUGGUAAUGUAUGUGGGUCGGAACAAGUACUUGAGGAUCAAGUUACGGAUUGGAGGGUGCUUGAUAAGUUUGUUGCCUCUCAACUUAGCCAAGAUGAACAACACGGUCCUUCUGCCGCGAAUAAGGAGAUAAAUUACUCAAAUGUCCCUAUAUUUCCUGUGUCCGAGCACAUGAACAUGGUGAUAAGCCCUAAUAACUCCAAUAAGCAAGGUCAAUUAGGGGCCUCAUCAUCAGAUCAAUAUGCUUCAACGUCAAAUUCGAGCUGCCAAAUUGAUAUGUGGAAUUGAACAAAGACUUUUACGAUAUUAUAUGCUAAUUAAUUAACCUGAUCUUAUACAUAUACAUACUGAUUAUAUAGGGGAAUACAAUUACUACAUACAAGAGAAAUCUUGGAUAAGUUUCCUUGUACAUAAUAAACAUGGUAAUGCAAUAUUAUUAGUAGGGUAUUGGAUUUGUGAGAUCAACCUUAGGGUUGGUCGGUCCUCAAAGUGAACUUAGAAUUGAAAUGUGGUGCCUAUUAUUAUUGGAUGAUGAUAGCAUCUGUUUUUAGAAGAUUGAAAGGUUUCCAAGUAUUAUUGGGAUUCAUAUUCAAAACGAACGAAUAUCUGAUUGUACUUAUUCUUAUUCAAACUUAAUUAACUUACAUUUGAAAUGAAUUAUUAUGUUUUACUAAGCUAGUGUUUUAUCAAAUUCCUUGUUUCUUAGUCCUUGUAUUCCAUUCUAUCAUCUGAUCUACUAAUACUCGGUGUUGAUUUUGUUGUAAUGGUUUCUUAGUCCUUGUAUUCCAUUCUAUAUAUAUACAUAUGAUGCAACACUUUUAUUUUCCAAUUUAAGAGGUUUUUACAAGUUUCAUGGGUGUUUUUAUUAUGAGUUUCAAGUGAAUGGUCGAUAUAUUAAUUUUAGACAUAAGUGAAGGCCUUAGUUUCAAGGGACACAAACUUGUACUCAUAUUGAUGUUCAAAGACGAAUUGGUUGGUCUACUUAUAUCAUUUCGUUUGGUUUAUAUAUGUCACCUGUCUAAUUAACUUUACUAAAUUGUCAUUUAAAAUUGCCUUUGUGCAGUUGAUUUAUAAAUUUAGAAGUAAAUAAUUGCCUGAAUAAAGAGAUCAGGUAAUUUUAACGUCUAUGUUGUUAAAGACUUCAAUGAAAGCUAAGAAUAAAUCAUAAAUAUAGGAAUGCCAACAAUCCUUGCGGUGUAUUAUAAAGCUAAGGUUGUGAACUAUAACGUAAUGACUGUAAUUUAAAAUUUAAAAACCUAGCUAUGAGCUUAAUAGUAGCCUCUUAAGAUUGCACCAUUUUCCUUGUUGAAAUAUACGGAAUACUUCGUGGUUUUUAAACA